AUGGCGUCGAAUCCGCCUACUGAGGUUCUGGCGAAGCCGGAAGAUGCUGAUAUGCUGGCUAAGAUGGGGUAUGCGCAGGAGCUCAAAAGGAACUUCUCAAAGUUCGAGGUAUUGGGGAUUGCUUUCGCUAUUAUGGGAUUACUGCCAUCUAUCGCUUCGACCUUGACAUUUUCGAUACCAGCUGGUCCCGCUGGUAUGGUUUGGGGAUGGUUCAUAACCAGCGGCUUCAUCUUCGUUGUCGGACUCGCGAUGUCGGAUUUGGGAUCAGCCAUGCCUACAGCCGGCGGCCUAUAUUGGUGGACACACCACUUCUCUGCUCCCCGCUACAAAAACCCUUUAUCUUUCCUCGUCGGCUACUCCAACACCCUUGGCCUCGUUGGCGGUCUUUGUUCAAUCGACUAUGGAUUCGCAUUAAUGCUCGUAUCCGUGAUUGUUCUCGUAACCGACGGGGCUUUCGUUCCUACCAAUGGCAUAAUAUAUUGCGUCUUCCUUGGUUGUGUGAUAUCACACGGGUUUGUGGUGAUGUUUGCGUCGAAGGUUAAUAUUAUGGGAAAAAUGCAGACGGUGUUUACGAUUGCGAAUUUAGUAUUGAUCGCUGCGACUUUUGUCGUAUUACCAGUUGGGAGGAAAGGGGAGAGGAAUAGUGCGAAAUAUGUUUUCACGGAGACGGCGAAUUUGACGGGGUGGCCUAGUGGAUGGGCGUUCUUUUUGGCAUGGUUGAGUCCUAUUUGGACGAUCGGCGGGUUUGAUUCCUGCGUUCAUAUCUCAGAGGAAGCGAAGAAUGCGAGUUUGGCGGUGCCAUGGGGGAUUCUGGGAUCGAUAGGCCUCUGCUGGAGUUUGGGGUUCCUUUGUUGCAUUGUUAUUGCAAGUUGCAUGUCUACGGAUCUUGAGAGUAUUUUGAAUACUCCGUUUGGACAGCCAAUGGCUCAGAUUUACUAUGAUGCCGUUGGGAGGAAAGGAGCGAUUAUCAUGAUGACUUUCUUAUUUUUAACUCAAUGGUUGAUGGGUAUUAGUAUUCUCUUAGCUUCAAGUCGGCAAGCAUGGGCAUUUUCUCGUGAUGGAGCCCUCCCAUUUUCCAAGUUUUUCAGCAAAAUCUCCAAAAGAUUCGGCCACACUCCGAUCCGAUGCGUCUGGGGUUGUGCGGGCUUAGCCUGUGUCCUAGGUCUUUUGUGUCUUAUCGCAAGUGCCGCUGCGUCGGCUCUGUUCUCUUUAUGCGCAGCGGGGAAUAACUUUGCCUGGUUUAUGCCUAUUUUCGCAAGAUUGGUUUGGGGCCGUGAUAAAUUCGUCCCUGGACCGUUUUAUACCGGAAAGUUCAGCAUCCCAAUUGCAAUCGUAGCUUGUAUCUUUUUAGUAUUCAGUACCUUGUUGGCGAUGAUGCCAGUGACGGGUCCUGACGUUACACCGGAAACGAUGAACUAUACCGUCGUAGUAAAUUGCGCCGUAUGGGGAGGUGCCCUAGCGUAUUAUUUCAUCAAUGCUAGGAAGUGGUUUACGGGACCGAAGAUGACGAUUAAUGCGGAGCAGUUGACGGAAGAGCAAGAGAGGAAGAUGAUGGAGGAUCGAUCAUUGGAUGUGAAGAGGGAUUCGGUGUCUGGUGGGAAGAAGGAUUUAGGGGAUAUAAAAGCGUCCAAAAGACCGGAGACUGGCGACGUAUGA